UAAAGGUCGCCGCGGACGCCAUGUUGCUGAAUGAAAUUAGCUCCAAAACAUUGACUAGCUUCUAGCAAUAUCGAUAUUUUAUUUUGUCGUGUAAUAACAUUUGUUACAGCAUGUGACUUAUUGUAAAUAUGACUUAGGAUUUAUGACACUACUACAGAAGCCCCUUCCCCUAAUAUUGUGUUUAGACAUCUCAACAGUGUCACGCAAUGCACCAUGGAAGUGGAUCACAGAAUAUGCAACGACACCCCCAGAGAUCCAAGUCUGUCAGUGGGUCUGAAGCAGAGGAGCAGCAGCAGCAGCCAAACAUGGCAGCAACGCAACAGCAAGCUACAGUUAACCACCCUCAGUCACCUGUGACCACAUUUUCCUCAUCUGCCAGCCCCUCAGCCCCCCAAUCACCUAAUUAUCAGAUAAUCAUGAGUCGUAGCCCAGUCACUGGCCAGAAUGUGAACAUCACUUUACAAAAUGUUGGCCAGAUGGUGACUGGUAACCAGCAAAUCACCCUAACCCCACUCCCUAUCCAGAACCCAGCAUCCCCCGGCUUCCAGCAUACUACACCUCAGUGGAGGUUUGAGCAUGCCCCGUCCUCCUACAUCCAGGUCACCUCACCUGUUCCCCAACCAAUGCAGCCCCAAAGUCCCACCCAGCAUAGUCCAGUUCCCCUGCAAGGUGUUACAAGGGCAGGAGCACCUACUGCAACACUGGGUGUGUGCGGACAGAGUCCAACACGAUUUGUUGAAGCUGGUAUGUUAGUGCGACAAAUCAGUUUAAGCAGUCCCUCGGGAAGUGGCCACUUUGUUUACCAAGAGGGAACAGGACUGGCCCAGAUUGCCCCAGCCACACCUGGCCAGGUACAGCUGGCCUCUGCAGGAGCACCAGGCUCUGUGAGGGAACGUCGGCUCUCUCAGCCCCACUCACAGACUGGAGGCACCAUUCACCACCAUGGGCCUCAAAGUCCAGCGGCUACUGGUGCCACACUCCCCACUCUGGGCAGCCCUGGCCACAUCACCACUUCCAACCUACCUCCGCAAAUCAGCAGUAUCAUUCAAGGACAACUGGCACGGCCUAUGAUAUUUGAGAAGACCCAACAGGGUUUGGUAGGUGGAGUAGGAACCACCACCACUGCAACUUUCACUAUACCCUCCUCCAAUCCAUCGUCUAGCCCUUCCUUGACCAGUCCAUCUCAAGGGAUGUCCAGCAACCCUCUUGCACUCACCAGCAUUGCAGUGGGCACUGUGAAAAAACACACUCCCAGGAAGUUAGAGGAAAUUGCUCCUUCCACACCAGAGAUUGCCCAGCUGAGAAAACAGUGCCUGGAGCACCACAAUAAGAAGAUGGAGAGUUUAAAGGAAGUGUUCAAAGAAUAUCUGAUUGAGCUUUUCUUUCUGCAGCACCUCCAAGGGAACAUGAUGGACUAUUUAGCUUUUAAGAAGAAGCCAUGUGUUCCCUUGUAUACUUACUUGAGACAGAAUGACUUGGACAUUGAAGAUGAAGAGGAAGAAGAAGAACAGUCUGAGGUCAUAAAUGAUGAGGUGAAGGUUGUUACAGGAAAGGAUGGCCAAGCAGUAACACCAGUUGCCAUAGCAACACAGCUUCCCCCCAAUGUUUCUGCAGCUUUUUCUGUCCAGCAGCAGUUUCAGGGACAUCAAGGGGUUCCUGGCACUAUCACAAACCCUGGAGAUAUGGAUGCCUUUAAGAGGCAACAGGCAAUGGUGCAAGCAGAUCAGGCUAAGAGGUCCCGGAUUGACGUUGGUCGCCAUGGGCUGAUUUUCCAGCAUCCGGGUGUAGCUCCUUUAGGAUCACCUGGCGUUCCACUCCAGCAGCUUAUGCCAACUGCGCAAGGCGGGAUGCCGCCUACUCCUCCAGUGGUCCAGAUUGCAGGACAGAAACAGACUCAGCCGCAGUACGACCCAUCCAAAGGACCUCCAGUGCAGAAUGCAGCCAGCCUGCACACCCCUCCACCCCAGCUGCCCAGCAGGUUGCCCCAAGGUGGCCUCCCUAUGGCAGGGCUGCCCAUGACACUCUCUCAGCAGGCUCAGUUGGUGGAGAAUACGACUCAAGCUUGUGGCCAGCUUCAGCCACAGGUGAAGAUCCAGGCAAGUGGUCCUGUCCUGUCUACAGUAAACCCACAUGCACAGCUCCAGGCCCAACUGCAGCAGCAGAUGCAACCAGGUCUUCAUCUUCAGCUGCAACCCCAGCAGCAACAACCACAGGCCAUUCUACAGACAGGACAAGCAACGGUGGCACUUGCUCGCCCAGGUGCAGAGUCCAACCAGCCAGUUCAGAGGAUUAUGACCAACUCAAUAUCCAUGACGUCUAUUCCACCUGCUCCCCUCUCUACUACCAACUGUGUUACAACCCCCCAUACUGCAACUCCUCUCCGUCCUCUUACCUCUAACAUCAACCCAAGCACCCAGUCCAAACUAACUGGCACCAAUGGUAUUACCACUGUUAAAACCAGUGGCUUUCCACCUUUGCAGUCCUCACAGGAGGGUUCUCAGGAAAAGCAAGUUGAACAAGCCAAACUGGAGAGUCAAGUUCAUCAGCGUAUCUCUGAGCUGAGAAAGGAGGGCCAGUGGUCAGCCAGUAGACUCCCCAAGCUUGUGGAAUCCUCUCGUCCAAAGUCCCACUGGGACUAUCUCCUGGAGGAGAUGCAGUGGAUGGCAGCUGACUUUGCCCAGGAGAGAAGAUGGAAAGAGGCUGCUGCUAAGAAACUUGUUCGCACAUGUGCCCGUCAUCAUCAAGAGCAGAAGAAAAAUGAAGAGAGGUCAAAGAAAGAAAGGGAAAUACAUCUUCGGCACAUUGCCAGCACAAUUGCCAGAGAGGUGGAAUUUUUUUGGUCAAACAUUGAGCAGGUUGUGGAAAUAAAACUCCAGUUUGAAAUUUAUGAAAAGAGGCUCAAAGCACUCAGCUUACAAAAAGCCUCAGCCAAAGUACCCAGUCAGUCAACAGCCACCGUUAAAGAGGAGGUGGUCACUUCAAACAGAAAGAGAAAAUCGAGUUUGUCCUUGUUUGGUGUAGACGGCUGCGAUGAAGAGAGCACCAUAGAGGAACAGGAGGCAAUGGAAGGGGAAACAGACCACAAAUCAGAAUUGGUUGACCUUGCAAGAAAUGCCGAGAUGCCUCUUGAUGCUUUGAUGAAGCAGUAUGCCGGUGCUUAUGUUGAUGGUUUUCACUGGCCUCAGCCGAGUCAUCAUAGUGAUGAUGAUGGCAUGCAAGAGACUGAAGCAGUGGAGAGUCCUUUGCGGAGUCCCCCUGAAGCAGUGAUGAUUGACUCGCUGCUAAGCGUGGACCAGUACCGCGGUGUUGACAAAGCUAGUUCCUGUGACACCAGUGGGAAGCCUGCCAGAGACAUAGCUGAAGUGGCUGCUGCAACAGAACUCAUCCUGCCCAAGGGCAGCUUCAGGACCACUUCUUCAUCCCGCAGCCCAGCUCCUUUUCUACUGCAUGGAGCACUGCGAGAGUAUCAGCAAAUUGGUGUGGACUGGCUGGUAAACCUUCACAAGAAACACCUCAAUGGCAUUCUGGCAGAUGAGACUGGACUUGGCAAGACUGUACAGACGGUAGCCUACAUGGCUCACUUAGCUGGUCAAGAGGGUAUCUGGGGACCCCACCUUGUUGUUGUGAGGACAUGCAAGUUGCUAAACUGGGAGGUGGAGUUCAAGCGCUGGUGCCCUGGACUAAAGAUCCUCCUGUACCUUGGCAACAAGAGGGAGCGCAGAUCUAAGAGAAUGUGGUGGGGUGAAGCCAACAGUUUCCAUGUAUGUGUGACGUCCUACAAACUGCUGAUGAAAGACCAGAGCCAUUUUCUUAAGAGGAGGUGGAAGCACCUGGUCUUGGAUGAGGUGCAGCUCAUAAAAAACAUGACUGAGAAACACUGGGAAACAGUCUUUGGUCUCAGAAGUGAGCAGAGGAUUCUUCUCAUCAACACUCCUCUACAGAAUACUCUAAAGGAGCUGUGGACUAUGAUCCACUUCCUUUUGCCGGGAAUCACCCGGCCAUAUGCUGACUUCCCUGUUAAGGCAGGCACAGACCAGAACCAGGACUACUGCCACAAACUGGUCAUCCGCCUGCACAGGGUGAUCCAGCCUUUCAUUUUGAGACGCUCCAAAAGGGACGUGGAAAAACAGCUGCCCAAGAAGUAUGAGCACAUCCUGAAGUGCCGUCUCUCUAACAGACAGAAGUAUCUUUACGAGGAUAUCCUCACCCAACCACGAGCUCAGGAAGCACUGAAGACUGGCCAUUUUGUCAGUGUUCUUCAGGUCUUGAUGCAGUUGCAGCGAGUGUGUAACCACCCUCAGCUGGUGGCACCCAGAGAAAGCAGCAGCUCCUAUUUCUGCUCCGCUCUGCAGUACAAUGUCCCAUCUCUGGUGCUCGGAGCUCUUCAGAAUAACGCCACUGAGACUGCAAACAUGUCCAUAUUUAAUCUGAUUAAUAAUGAGAACACACUGACGAGGUAUCAGACGGAGGAGGUGGUGCCCAAACUGAAGGUCACUCAGCAGCUCAUAGAGGAGAUAUACACUGGUCCAGAUCCACCACCACGUCCUAAGCAAUGCCCAAUAAAACCCAUGAGAUUAUUCCAGCCAGUACAGUACGGGACAAAGCCCGAGGGUCGUAUGGCGGCCAUUCCAAGUGUAACAAAUUCCUCUGUUACUACUAGUACCUCGGUCUCCACCACCAGCCAGUCAGCCCAGAACAGAGGCAAAUCUCCUGUCACUAAUGCAACUACUACCACCACUUCUCAUGCGGUUGGAACGGCUUCUCAGAGAGCCCAGACCACCCCUCCUGUCAGCAGCAGCAGCAACACUGCCGCCUCCAGUGUAGCCUCAUCUGGGAACAGUGGUGUUGGACAGCAUGUGUUGGGGGCUGCCCCUGUGGCUUUGGGCCAGACCUUAGCUGGCACAGUUGUGGGAUCCAUGGCUCCCAUCAGCCAGCCUGGAUUAGCACAGGUCCCCAGGCCAGCUCUAGCCCCCAGCCAUGCCAUCCAGCCAAGCUUACUAUCCCAGAGGCUGGUUCUUACAUCCCAGGCCCAGGCACGGUUGCCUAGUGGCGAUGUGGUGAAGAUAGCUCAGCUGGCUAACAUAACCGCCAGUCAGAAUCGCAUCUCCCAGCCAGAGACGCCCGUGACUUUGCAGUUUCAGGGAAACAAGUUCACUUUGUCGCCCAGCCAGCUUCGCCAGCUCACCACUGGACAGCCUUUGCAGCUCCAAGGUACACUCGGAAACAUCUUGCAGAUUGUAUCGGCUCCAGGUCAGCAGAUUAUUAGGCCCCAGGGAUCCAUGGUGAUGCAAACAAUACCACAAGCUAUUCCUGCUUCCAAUGCUUCAUCAUCACCUGGCGCACCUCAUGCUGCAAUGACAACAGCACAACAAGCAUUGGGGGGGACAACAAAUGCAAAUUCUGCCCCCAACAAGGUCACAACUGCAGCUCACGCUGGUUCUCACGUUUCCUCAGAAGAAAAGACUCAGCAGUUAAAGGAGCGUUUGAGUCGUCUGUUUGAAGCAAAUGAGCGACGCUGUAGUCGCAGAGUAUUGUACGGCUCAGACCUGCUCCAGGCAUGCACUCUGAGCUCAGAGCCUGGUCACCAUUCGUUGAUGUCAGGAGGCUGGAGGUGGGUGGGCAGAGAGAGCUGCCUCAGGGCUCAGAGAACCUGUGUGGCUACCACCUCGACACUGCAGUCCACUCUGCUCUCUGUGGAGGAUCGCUUGGAGGCAGCCAACAGCCUAAUUAAAAGGCUGGUUUGUGUGGUGCCUCCAGCUGUAGCACAACCUCCUCAUCUGUAUGCAGCCAAUCCCCCGGUUUCCUACAGCCUUGGGCAGAAGUCCCUUCAGCGUCGGUUACGAGCCGCCUCUGCACCCCACAGUGCUGACAUCCACCACUUGACACCCCAACGUCUCUUCCAUUUUCCUGAUCUGCAGCUAAUGCAAAUGGACUCAGGUAAACUGGAAGCACUUGCCAUUCUGCUGCAGAAGCUUCGGUCAGAGAGCCGCCGUGUCCUCAUCCUAACACAGAUGGUGAAGAUGCUUGACAUCCUGGAGGCCUUCCUAGAUUACAGACAGCUCACAUAUGUGCGGCUUGAUGAAAGCUUUACUCCUAAUGAACGAAAGGAGAAUAUGAAGAAGUUUAACAAGAACAGGCAGGUUUUCUGCAGCAUCCUGACUAACCGCUGCUGCUCUGCAGUCGGGACUGUGUUUGAUGCAGAUACCAUCAUCUUCUAUGACACAGACCUCAAUCCCAGCAUGGACGCCCGCACCCAGGAGUGGUGUGACAAAAUAGGCCGUUCCAAGGACAUACAUAUAUACAGGUUGGAGAGUGGAAACUCCAUCGAAGAGAAGUUGCUGAAGAAUGGCACCAAGGACUUGAUCAGAGAGGUUGCUGCCCAGGGCAUGGACUACACCUUGGCCUUCCUCACACAACGGACAAUCCAGGAUCUGUUUGAGGUGGAGGCAGGAUCAGGGGAAAAAGUGGAAGAGUUUGUGGUUCUUCACCAAGAGCCAUCAGCCUCUGAGGCCAUUUCCCCCAGAGUGGCUCGACCCUACAUCCAGGCUCUCCACAGCAUAAACCUGGAUGCUUUGCCAGAGGACAAGGAGCAGCAACAGCAGAAGGAGGAGGAGACAUCAGCGGGCAAAGAAUUAGCAGAGGAGAGUCAGGAAACAGAGAGCCAAACUAAAGAGGAGCCUGCUCAGAUUGAAGAGUUAAAUGCAGUCAUGGAACAGCUCACACCAAUCGAGAGGUAUGCCCUCCAUUACCUGGAGUAUCUCCACAUCAGUGAUGAUGAAACUGCUCUUAAGGAGCGGUUGGAGUGCUCUAAGAAAGGCUGGGAGCUGCAGCAGCUGCAGAAGCUUAGGGAGGAGGAAGAGGAGCGGCAGUUGAUGGAGGGAGAUGAUCUUUUCACCUACACCAGAGAGGAUGCCUACAACAUGGAGUAUGUAUUUGAUGCAGAUGAUGGUCAUACAGAAAUCAUGCCGCUCUGGACUCCCCCGACACCUCCACAGGACGACAAUGACAUUUACAUUGACUCUGUAAUGAUGCUCAUGUAUGACACCUCACCCAUGCCAGAGUCCAAACUGCCUCCUAUCUACGUCCGCAAGGAACACAAGAGACUGAAGAUGGACCCAUCAGCAGCAGCCAGAAAGAAGAAGAAGGGUCAUGGGGAGGCGGUCAUUCCUCCACGCUCCCUUUUCGAAAAGGCCAGCAUGCUGAAAGUUCGCCGCGAGGUCAAGGACCAGAAAAAGAACUUCUCCCUCAAACAACAGGCACCUUUUGCCAAGCCUUUACCUUCACUUGUUAAACCGGCCAUGGAGGCUGGCCAGGACAACCCUGAGUGGCUCAUCAGUGAGGACUGGGCUCUGCUUCAGGCUGUGAAGCAGCUACUGGAGCUGCCGCUGAACCUGACAAUCGUGUCACCCGCCCACACUCCUAACUGGGAUCUGGUCAGUGAUGUGGUGAACUCCUGCAGCCGCAUCUACCGCUCGCCAAAGCAGUGCCGCAACCGCUAUGAGAAUGUCAUUAUUCCCAGAGAAGAGGGCAAGUUGGUGUAUGAGGCAAACCCCAAGAAGAAAACCAAGAGCAUAUACAAGUCCAAGAACAGUCGUCCUCUAAGAACCGGUCAGAUCUACACACAGGAUGACAAUGCCACCCACAUGCAGCUCUACAACAGUCGCUUUGAACUCAUGAAGAUCAUUGCCAGCAAGAGGAGUCCACCAAUAAAACCACUGCUCGGAAUGAAUCCGUUCCAGAAGAAUCCCAAGCAUGCAUCCGUCUUGGCAGAAAGUGGGAUCAGCUACGACAAGCCCCUACCACCCAUCCAGGUUGCAUCUCAACGUGCUGAAAGAAUUGCUAAGGAGAAGAAGGCCCUUGCAGAGCAGCAGAAGGCUCAGCAGUUGGCCCAGCAGCAGACUGGAACUCCUCAGACUCAGGCAGCGCCCGGCCAAGCCCAGGCUACUGCUGCAGGCCAGGCCCAGGCUCAGGUCGCACAGACUGCUACGGUGACCGGAGCUGCUGCUGUUCCUAAUGCAGCUAUUCUGGCUGGAGCUAUUAAAAAUGCCACUGUAGGCACGACCAUCCAGGCUGCCACUGUAGGGGGAAAUGUGAUUGUGAACACUGUGGCUGGCGUUCCUCCAAGUCCCUUCCAGGCCAACAAACGCCUGGCAUCUCCAGUCAUACCAGGCACCCUGUCUCCUGCUGGUGCUGCUGGAGCUCAGGUGGUCCACGCCCAACAGAGGACCGUCACGGCUGCUGCUGCCCCUGCCGACGUGGUCGCCAUAGCUACAGGCCAGGGUGUCCGAGCGGUUACCCCGGUAACGGCCUCUGCAGUCGUUUCUACCGCCCUGAGCCCGGUGCAGUCCCAGACUCGCCCACUAGUCACUCAGGUCACACCAGCCACAGGUAUGCAGCUGUCACAGGGGAAGCCUCUCACUCCCGCCCACCUGCAGUUGCUCCGACAGCAACACUUGCAGCAACAGCAGCAGGCUGCUUCCCCACAAAUGAAAGCAGUAGGCAAACCUCAGAUGCAAAAGCAUAAACUGCAGCUCCAGCAGCAGCAGCAGCAGGUGGCUGCAGCAGUGGCCGCAGCCCAGGGUCAACAGGCUGCAGGGACUCAGCAGAGCGCACAGGUGCAGCCCGCGCAGGCGGCUCAAGCCACUCCUCAGCUCGCCGCCGUGGCAGCAACCAGACCGGGAGCGGUGCUCACUGGCACCACUGUGCAGGUGGCCAGACUGACACGAGUGCCCACUCAGGGUCAGAUUCAGGCCCAGGCCGGACAGACAGCCCAAGUCACCCUCACUAAGCCUCCUGUGGUCUCUGUGCCAGCUGUGGUGUCGUCUGCCAGUGUCACCACUCUGCCAGUCACGGUGGCUGGCAUUAGUGUGGCCAUAGGUCAGCCCCAGAAAGCAGGUGGGCCGAUGCUGACGCCGUCCUUCCCACAGAUGCAGGUCCAGCAGCUGCUUCAGAUGACGAAGCAGCAGCAGCAUCAGCAGGCAGCAGCGGCGCAGGCCGCGGCCGCUGCCCAGCAGAAAGCAGGGCAGGUGCAGCAAGGACAGGCCACUGUCCAGCAGAAGCAGGUGACAGUGCAGGCAGCACAGGCGGCUCAGCAGCCGCAGCAGAAGGUGACCUAUGCUACCACUACCCAACUCAAGCCGGGCAUUAAGACCCAGUUCUUCACUGCAUCCUUAACCCAGGCUCAGAAAUCUGCCGGAACCCAACAAAUCCAGGUGGCUAAGCUCCCACAAAUAGUGCAGCAACAAUCAACUGUGGCCAAUAUCCAGCAAAUUGUGUCUUCUCCUCAGCAGAUCCAGCCUCAGACUGUGACUCUGACACAGGCGGCCACGUCGGCGCCCGCUCAGGUGCAGAUGAUUCCCGCCGGAGCAACCGCAGCCCAGGUCCAGCAGAAGAUCCUCCAGCAGCAGGUGGUGACCACAGCCGCCUCGCCACAGAUCCACACGCCUCCUCCCCACAGCCCCGCCCAGCAGCAAACGGCGCCCUCCGCUGCCGAGUCCCCGGCGCAGCAGCCCACCAAGGGUCAAGCUCGCCAGGGAGGCAUCCGAGCCAAGACUCCUGCCAAACCCAGCGGCGGGAGCGGCUAGAAGAGCCACACGAUUCAAACGAAUCUUUAAUUUAAUUCAAUGUUUCCUUCUCGUACACGUGUAACGACACAUUUGUGUGAAUCUCACAGCAGCUGAGGGCAGAGGGACCGAACUCAACAGAAAACAUUUCACCGUGUCGACACACUGCACCUCUGCCCCACACGCUUAGUGAGAUUUCUGUGGUUGAAUUUGCUAAAUCAACACAACAAAGUUGUCUAUUUGAUUCAUAACAUGUGGAAUGUUUCUUUAAAGUACCACAACUCCCCCCACCCAAAAAAAAUGUCCUCUACAUUACACGACAGACGCAUCAUGCCUUCAGUGUAAUAUUAUUCAAGAGAUACAAGGCUGAGGCUCGUGAGUCCUGAGCUGUCCAUUAGAAUAAGUGUUUUCAUGAUUAGUCCCUUUUAUGUCAAAUUCCCUCGUUGUCUAUAGAUACUGAAUGGAGAGUAAUGCACGUUCCUUUAGUCAUUUGUUUUUUUAUUGCAGCAAACCAACUGUAAACAUGUACUUUAGUAUUUUGUGUUUUCUCAUAACUUGUCUUUUUUAUUGAUGUCAGAGGAAAAAAAAAAUGUAAAUAUCAACAAAAACAUUUGUACUUGUAAAGUAGUUGUGUUUUCAUUGGGUUUUUUCAGCCUAAUUGUAAUAAAGUGUUUUGGUUUUAUACACAAA